ACAGAUAUUAUGUUGAUUUGUGUGUCUUUGACAGCAGGCUAAAAGUCACUGAGAUAAGUAUUCAGUACAGAUAGUUUUUCAUUCUUCUGCAUGGACAAUGGCUUAGGCUACUUAGCAUUCCUGGAGAACAAAAUGCAAGGGAGUGACUUUUUGUACGCUCGUGCCAGCAGCAGCUCCCAGUGGUCCAGUGCUGAGCGCGCAGACAGUGAGCUGGAUCAUAAGGCCAGGAAGGUGUCUGAUAAAAUAUCAGAAAGUUUGAACAUCGUGGCCAAUGAACCCUCGUUGGCAUUUUUUCGAAUUCAGGAGCAUGUGAGGAAAUCAUUACCACAACUUGUGGAACAGAAGCACGCAGUUCAGGAGAUCCACCAGAAUGUCCAAGGAGCUUGUUUCGACACAGAGUAUGCUGCCAAUGCUGUGAGGAGUAUGACAGGCAGUACCACCCACUUUUGUAACAUUCAAGAUUUGCUGAAGAAUGCCAUGUUCAUGAAGCAGCAGAUAGAGUAUGAGGAGGGCAGAAAGGAGUGCCUGGCGAAUGUGUGCAGCUGCUCUCCUGUACAUACCAGCACAGGCGGCUCCUGCCAAGCCCUGCUUAAUCCCGGCAAACACAAGUGAAGCCUGGGUCAUGUCAGAGAUGUGAGCUCAAGGAAUGUUUGAAAAACCGAUCUGCAGAGAGAGCUGCAGGCUUAUUAGGCAAUGUGAUGUGUAGGCAACACUUCUCUCACCAUCAACUCUCCAAGGAACUCUCAAUCAAGUGGGCAUAUGAGCUAUUGGAGGGAUGCUUUCACAACUACAACUUCCAUAAGCGCAUCUGUGUUUGGACAGGUAUUAUGUAGACCAAAGGCUGGAGACCACAAUCACUUGUGUGUUUAGUAUGUACCUCAUAUUGUCUGCCAGGUGCUUGUAGCUCAGCUCAGCUAUUAUAUCCACGCACACCUGGUGAAAUAUACUUGGCUGCUUUUUAACCUACAUCGACCACGUGAAUUUAUUGUAUGAAAAUCUACUGUGAUCACAAGGCAAGGAACUACUUGUACACUGUAAUACAAUGACGUAAAUUUCUCUUGAAUUUUGUAAAUACUGUAACUCACUAAUUGCUGAACCUUUUUAGAUGUGGUGUAAUUUAUGAAAUCGUAUCAGUAAAACUGAGCAUACUGACCAGCUCCUCUCGCAUUCUUGAUAAUGUCAUCCUUUUCUAUAUCUUUAAGGCACAUCUAAGACACAGGCUUCCUUAACAGUUGCCGUCAAGCAAUUGAUGAAGAAGUUUGUGUUAUCAAAUUCAGCUCCAGCGGGCUUGCCUUGACUUUUAAUUUUCAUACCUGAAAAGGUGCAGAUGCCAUGGACUGUGUCAUUUAUAUACUCAACACAGUAGUAAAACUUGACAAAUAAUCUUUGAUCUCCCAACGCUUGUAUUUUAUGCUUACUUAUGGAAAUAGAUACUAUACAUGCCCUGCUGCUAUCAUCCGGGUGACAAGAACACAAGUUGAUAGCGGCUUCAAUUUACCGGGAGAAAAUAUGUAUGACGCCCCGUGACCUCCCCAAAAUGAAUUUUAUACUGAUAAAACUUCCGUAACAUGGACACGGGUUGACAUUUAAACAUGAUGACCUUGCUUUGACUUGUAAUUUUUCACGUGGAAACCCAGAAGCCUUUCACCAACGGGUUCGCUGUGAGUUCAAGUCCAGC